UGCUGGUAGCCCACUCCACUCUUCCUUCUCCGCCAUCUCUACCGCGCGCGCCCUCUCCGCCCUCUCCGCCGGAGCUGUUCGUCGGUCACCCUUUCCUUCUCUCUCUUCCUAUCACCCUGCAAUUUCUGGCCUGCGGGUCGCAGCCCCUGUGUUCUUUUGCCGAGGUCCGCACACCGGCUCGGCGAACACCGAAGGCCUUGUCGCCGACAAAGCACGAGCAGCGCCGCCGUCCCUCGAUCUGGUUUUGUGUGGUUCACCAGAAGUAGGAAUGAAGGGGCUUUCGGUUGGAGAAAAGCUUUUCAUACAAGGUGGUAUUGCUCAGGAUCUUCGCACCGAUGGUCGAAGGAGACUAACUUAUCGGCCCAUUUCCGUAGAAACGGAUGUGAUCUCUCAGGCGAAUGGUUCAGCAAGGGUCAGAAUGGGUGGUACUGAGGUUAUUGCUACUGUCAAGGCUGAACUUGGAAGGCCUAAUGCAAUGCAGCCUGAUAAAGGGAAGGUUUCCAUAUUUGUUGAUUGCAGCCCGACUGCAGAGCCAACGUUUGAGGGUAGGGGUGGUGAAGAGUUGGCAACAGAACUCUCGGUUGCCCUUGAGCGAUGCCUCUUAGGAGGAAAAAGUGGUGCAGGGGCUGGGAUUGACCUUUCAUCUCUGAUAGUUGUGGAAGGGAAGCUUUGCUGGGAUCUUUAUAUUGAGGGCCUUGUUGUAAGCUCAGACGGCAAUCUUCUAGAUGCCCUUGGUGCUGCGAUUAAGGCUGCUUUGAGCAAUACAGGCAUACCAAAAGUCAAUGUUUCUGUAGAAGCGUCCGCCAAUGAACAACCCGAAGUUGACGUAAGCGAUGAAGAAUUUCUACAGUUUGACACAUCUGGAGUUCCGGUCAUAGUUACAUUGACAAAGGUGGGUAGGCACUACAUUGUGGAUGCUACUUUGGAAGAGGAAUCUCAAAUGAGCUCUGCAAUCUCCAUAUCCGUCAACAGGCACGGUCAUGUCUGUGGAUUGACCAAACGAGGGGGUGCUGGGGUCGAUCCAAGCGUAAUCCUUGACAUGAUUUCCGUGGGCAAACAUGUGAGCGAGCAAUUACUAAACAAGUUGGAUUCGGAGAUAGCUGCUGCUGAAGCUGAUGAAGAAGAAUGAUAAAGCUUUUAAGGUCAGAUCUCUGAAACUCUUGUUCAUUUACAUUGUAGAAUCUUGGAACGAGUAUCUGAGUUAGAAUUCUAGUGUAGAUGAUAUAGAUGAUUGUAAGGCAGUGAUCUUGUAAAAUUAGCAGGUCUUUUAGUCCUUUGAUUCUGUCAUGGUAUUUGAUCCCAGUUUAGUUGUGUCUGAAAUGAUAAAAUGAAGGGCAGAUGUUGAAUCACUUGCAAUUGUGGCUAGAUCUUAUUAAUUUUAGACAACUUUAUCUUCAUUUGUAGUU